AUGCACGUCCCCGACAUCACUUCAAGCAUAGAAGUUGAUCCUGCGCACCUGAAUGUUCGCUGGACUGAUGGCGCCAUGAUUAUCGAUGGGACGUAUGCUCAGAACAACGAAGACAAGACCAAGAAUACGGCCAUUUGUAUCAAAACAUACCCAAUUAGUGCAAAUCAAUCUCGGGAACAGGUCGCUGCAUCGUUGUCUCGGGUACAACGGGAAGCCGAGAUAUGGAUGGAUAGCAAUCAUCCAAAUAUCAUUCCAUGCUUCGGCAUGUCUGAGAUUACUGAUGAGACCGUUGAUCCUCAGCCAGCACUGGUUUUUCUGCGUUGCCCCAAUGGUUCUAUUGUAAGAUAUCUACCGUCACAUGCAGAUGCAGAUGUCCACACGUUGGUUGUUGGCUUAGCUCGAGGCCUCCAUUACCUGCAUGAAAAAGGUAUUGUUCAUGGUAAUCUGCGUCCUCAUAAUGUCAUGGUACUCGACAACGGCGAAGCUGCAUUGAGCGACUUCUGCCGCUCGAAGUUCGGGGGGCAUCGCGGGCAGACCACUAGGAGCCCUGCAGAUGCCAGGUUCUCGGCUCCGGAAUUACAACAAUCUGGCAGUGCGAAGCCCACGAAAGAGGCGGACAUCUAUUCAUUUGGCCUCAUCGCUCUUUUCGUAAGCAUCAGGACAAGAGUCCGACAGCAAUGCACUGACACUAUUCAGAUAUAUGCAAGGCAACUUCCACUUUCAGACCACCCUGGGGCUCUGGCCAGGAGUGAGCCGCGUCUUGAGGACUACUCUACAAUCCCCAAGUGUAAAUGGGAUAUCAUUUCUCCGUGUUGGCAACACUCUCCAGAGGCUCGCCCAGCUAUGGCAGAAGUGCUUGCGCAGUUGUUGGAGUGA